AUGAAUGUGAAUGAGUACUUUAUUUUCAUGAGGGAUAGUAGGAGAAGUAACGAAACACGAAGUUUAGACAGGAAAAGCGGCAACUUAUUGGGAAUGAACAUACCAUCAGAACUGAUGACAAGUGAUAUAGUGUUUGCUAGGCGGAUAACCGAUGAGGAUCUCGAACAAGAGUUCAAAAGUAUGGACUGCCUUAGGCUAAAAUCAGACAAGGACACUAUUUCGGAGGAAGAGGCAAAAUUGGAUCCCAAAGAUAUUCAUAUUUGCCGUUGGGACGACUGCUCGACACAGUUCAGAGAAAUGGAUGAGAUGGUUAAUCACAUAAAUACUAAUCAUUUUAAACAACCCAACACAGACCAUUCAUGUAAGUGGGGAAAUUGUCCAAGAUAUGGUACUCCACAACACAGUAGAUUUGCGCUAUUGUCUCAUAUUAGGACGCAUACAGCCGAGAAGCCAUUUUACUGUUUAUUACCUGAAUGUCUGAAGGCAUUUACUAGAGCAGAUGCCUUAUUGAAACAUUUAAAGGCGGUUCAUAAUAUCAACGGCAACAGUUUACAGGAUGCAUAUGAGAAUAUCAAUAGAGAAUUAAUCCAUGAAAUACAUGAAUUCCAGCGAGAAAAUGACUUCAGAGUUGAUUUUGAGUCUAGCGGGAAGAAAAUAGCUUUUGAUAUUGAGAAAAGAGUACGCAAUGAAUUGAUACAAGAUCACAAUAAACUGAUAAACAAUUUUAAUAAAUUGAAAAGGCAACGUGACAUAUCUGAUGAUCAUGAUGACGAAGUGGAAGAGCUAAUAGCCGACCAUUAUAAAAUCAAAGAAAUCAAAUUUAAUCCCUCAAUGGUCAUUGAAGGUACCCAGAAAAUCAAGGAAUCUUUAAUGUCGUAUUCCAACAAAAAAGAGAAUGCUGCCAAGGGGGGGAAAGUUGUCAACGUCGAAGACAUUGGAGAUAUUGAUUCAAUGACUGUAGAACAGUUAGAACAAACAAUACAGAAACAAACAGAUUACUAUGCUAGGCUAGUACGUCUUAGGAAGAUUCUUGAGCAAAAGCUAGUCAAGUAUAACUCCUCGGCGAGAUACUAUUGGCUAAAAAAACAGUAUCUACUUAAUCAUCUGUUGCUUAAGGAAGAAGUAGCAAUGAAGAAAGGGUCGAAAUAG